AUGGCAAUGGAGGCUUCGGGAGCCGCGGGCCAGCAGAUUGUCUCCCGCGCACGCCCAACCCAAUGGGCCCUCCGGGACGGCAAGAACUGGCGGUUGCAGAAGCUUGAGGUUUUGUUCGACAACGCAAAAUUGUCGGACAUCAAGAUUCGGCCGAACAUCAUCGUACUUUAUGUAGUUGCGUAUGAACUUGAACUUGCUAAUAAGCUUUCCUGCUGUGUUUAUCACACUUGCCGCUCAUGCCAUGAAACACUGAACGUAUGUCUAAAUUUGUGCAAUUGAUAGUGCUAAAAAUCAACCCCUACAACAGAUUCCGAAGGAGUCUGAAGAGGACGACGGCAGGGAAUUUUACUUUAUCCAUUGAGAACAACAAUGUUGUGCUUCACCUUAUUUUCGUCUGUCAUUACGGCAAAGGGUCCCCGCCCGCGCACUCUAUUAGAAAGCUUCGACAGCUUCAAGUUCUCUCGUCCGCACCUUCCUCUGCGAUCAGCAACAUCAUAUCGCGUAUUGUACAUUUUUUAGCACACAUCGCAACAUCUACUGAUGAAUCUGAUGUCGACACAUAUAAGAGCAAAACGUGAACCAACUCCAACCCCUGUCACCUUCCAUACACGACGCGCAGAAAGCCUACCUGGCAGCAUGGUCUCCGGUCUUCGACAGUAUUUUCUUCGGGCAAGGAGUCGGCGCCGCGGGCGUGGGAGCCGUGGAGGACGGCGAGCUGACGCUGGAAUGCCUGAAGGACAUCUUGUGGCUGUUUCUCAAGUAAAUUCGUUCUUUGGUCUUGCUUGUUUUGUAACGAUAGCGAUGUUUUUCUUUUUGCUGGUGACUUUCCGGCUUCAAUACUUUUCUACUUUCUUUGUGCUGGUCGUCAACUUUCUUGCAAAAAUUGUACAUCAAAAAAACGCCUCGUCUCAGGUUUCUGUACACAGGCGAAAUCGUGCUCACAAUCGAGACCGUCUGGCCGUUCUACUGCUUUGUUAAUACGUACGAAGUGUGAGCAGGAGACAGUCUGCAUCAAAGCAGAAGAUGAGGCACUAUUGCACCUGAAUUUGCAACCACACACAGACAUUUUUACAAAUUGUCUAACUUAUGCGAGCGUAGCACACCCUCCUGCAUAACGCUACCCACGAUGGCUCUGUCAGUCAAAGAAAAUCCCAUUGCCAUACCGUGCUGCGUAAUAUCAAGCACAACGGCAGACUUUCGUUUCCCCUCAUUAGUUGAAAUAAACUAAUGUGAACUAGAACAUGAACAUGAUCGCCACAAGUAUAAUAUCUUCGCUCGUGCGUCGUUUCCGCCUUGCUCGCCUCCAUAGCUGUUAUCAAGUCCACGAUUUGAUCGAUUCCGUUGAGGAUAUUAUGGACAAAGCGGUCUCGAUCGACACCUGUUGCUCCCUCCUCUGCUCCGCCCAGCAGCUCGGGUCCUACGAUCACUACGCGUUGAGGAAAUGCCUCAACAUGCUCCUCAUGGAUUUCCCGGAAGUGUCCGAAACCCCGGGCUUCCUCGGUCUGGACUACGACGUGCUUGCCGCUGUGGUGUCCUCCGACGAACUAAAUGCCGCCGAGGAAUGCGUCUUCGAGGCCUGCAUGAACUGGAUCGCAGCGUAUGCGAAUCUAUUGUUUUAUGAGUUUAUAUUGAUCUCUGAUAAUGUGGUGUUCUACCUCUAUCGUGUUGCUCUUCUAUCAUUUUAUUCGUGGCUUUCGGAUUUUCCUAUAUCUGAAGCCCUUCAUGUGUGUCGCCAUCGUGCCUUACGUUACGCAGCAUGCUGUGACGCGCAGAGGUCGACGGCGCAUUGGUUCCUUCACAUCACUGCUCAUUAUGGUCACGCGUCGCAUUCGAAAAAUUAUCUACAUCAGUGACGAGCAGCGUCUGGAAUUGUACCUCGAUGACCUUCUUGCGCACAUCCGGUUCCCGCUGAUGCACACCAAGUACGUCGCCAAACUGGAUUCCCACCCCGUGGCCGCCCGGUCGAAGGCGCUGACCGAGCUGAUGCUGCAGGCCUUGAAGUUCGCGGUCGCGCCCAAGGAGAUGGCGCAACACGUGAACCCUUCCACCUACAAGGCGCGGAAGGGUGGGCUGUACUGGAAAGCAACGAAAAACAACAUGGCACUGGACAUAUGCAUUGCAAAAGUGUCGCACUGGUAUAAACUGCAUUACAAAUUUUGGCAAGAAGGAAAGUGGAAUUUGUAAUGCUGUUUUGCCUUAAGAAAAGCAUUUGCCAUGCAUAUUUGCAAUUGUAGUACGAGUACGAUACUUUCGCACAGGAUAGGACAUCAGCAGCCCGAACUUCAAAACCUUUGUGCUCAACUCCAGCUGCGAUCUGGUGCAGUCCUGGAAAAUGCGGAUUGAGCUGUUCGAGGAGGGCAGUUGUGUGGUCGGGGUGUGCGAGGAUACGAUAGACACCAGCUACUACUGUGGCCGAUUCAAGGACGGAUGGGGGCUGGCGGACAACGGUAAUAUUCUCUAGCUUCCGUGGCGUUUUUUCUCAGCACAAAUUGAUCUUUUCGCAGAACAGUUUUGUUUUUGGGAUGGUCUUGGUCUUGAUGGGCUUGGUCAAACUAACUGGUCGCUGAUGUGGUAAGGGCUUGCACAUAAAGUACAGCACGUACUAGAUGAGCGAGUAUAUUACUUCUAGAGAAGACGCUUGGAGGCCUUUGCAUAUCAUCAUACUUGUUGCAAGUUUGUCAACCUAAUUACUGCAAGUUCGUUUGUUACUCAAUUCAUACCAACAACCAGGUCACUUCUAUUGCGGCCAGUGCAAGUGCGACCCGACGGUGAAGCAUUUAUGUACCCCAGCCUGUCAAGCCCAUAUGGAGAUCCACCACGGCGCUGUGAUUUCUGUUGCGUACCUGAAAGCCACACAGGACCUGGUCUUCCGACAGGGCAACAAAAUCUUCCGACAAAGGCUGAAGGGCGUGAACCCGGAAAAGCGGUUGUUUCCCUGUAUCUCGCUGAAGGCCGCAAAAUGUAGGAUAUUCAAAGAGGAGGGGGAUCACGUGCUGGAGAACGGUUAAGCGGGGAAAUCAGGACUUUCUGUUUCGACAAUACAGUGCGUUUCGGUUUUACUUAGUCAAUACUCUUACUCUACUUAUGCUUUAGCGGUGCUGCCGGCUGCAGCGUAGAAAUUGACAACCUGCUGCUCCGCACGUUGUGUGCUAGCGCAGGUUUGUGCUACGCCUGCAGCUGUUGAUGCAGACAAAUUUUUUGGUCCAGACCUUGUUUGAACCUGUAUGUAAAGAUCUUUUGUUUCCUUGUUGACUUCACGAGAAUAAAGUGAAAAAAGUAAUGCUGCA